UGCUCUAUUUAGAAAUAUUAUUAUGUGCUCUAUUUGGAAACUAUGGCCUCAGACAAGAAGAAACUCAAUAUCUUUCUCAACGACCUCCUAAAGUUGGGAUGUGUCAAGGGAUUCCAAUACUUUGCCACCCACCUGAGAGGUCGUGAGGAGAUGGUUGUGAGUGUCAUCAAUGAACCAUCUCUACCUAUCCUCCUAUCAGCCACCAACUCUCCAGCAGCUUCCUUUGCAAGCAAGGACCCAGGCUCUGUGUUCAUCAGUCAGAAGCGUCAGCGUCGACUCAGUGGAUAUGGGUUCAUCAAUGUUGGUCUCCCUCCAGCCAGUCCCAGUGGCUCUGAAGAUGAUGAGGAAAACUGUACACUCUUCUUGCUCGCUGGAUAUGCUCGGUACAGCUGUCCCUAUGUCUGGGUUCGAACCAACCACGAUCGCAUAGUGAGACUGAGCAGUGAGGACUGUCCAGAGAGAGAUUACCCUCUGGCCCUCAAGACCACCUCACAAUGGCAGCACACAGACGUGUGUGUGGUGGAUGUAGUAGCUGAGUUGGUGAGGAUCUGUACUGUGCCCUGCCCGCCCAACCCUUUUGCUGUGGAUAUGGAUUACUUUGCUGCUCUUCCUGCUUCAGAGAGGAUCCUUGCAUCGGCUGCCAUGAUCAGUCUACUACAGCAAAUACUCUCCACAGGGUCACACUCGUAUGACAGAAGAGUCGCUGCUGAUCUGGGCAGAGUGGGACAGGCCCAUUUCCAGGCUCUCUUGGAAGUGGUUCAGACUGAAUCUCCACAAAGACCCUCAUCAUUAAAUCAAUCAACCAUUUCAUCAUAAACACAAUCAAUAACUUUGUGUUGUGCGGCCCAACCAACCUUAGAGGAGACAGUUCUAAUAUUUCCAUUAA